AUGCCAGACAUCGACAUUAUCGACCACUCGCCCCAACAUCCUCUCCCGGCCAAGCCGAUUCCCACAGCCUCGAAUGUCAUCCUCCUCGACAACUAUGACUCUUUCACCUGGAAUGUCUACCAAUAUCUCGUCCUCGAAGGCGCAACCGUCACCGUCUUCCGGAACGACGAGAUUACCCUGGAUGAGCUGAUUGCCCACAAGCCAACGCAGCUCGUCGUCUCUCCCGGUCCCGGCCAUCCCCUCACCGAUUCGGGAAUCUCGCAAGAUGCAAUCCGCCACUUCUCCGGCAAGAUUCCGAUCUUCGGGGUGUGCAUGGGCCAACAGUGCAUCAUUUCUUCCCUUGGUGGCGAAGUUGCGCAGACGGGCGAGAUCUUGCACGGGAAGACUUCUCCACUGAAGCAUGAUAGCAAGGGGGUGUACGCCGGACUUGCGCAGGACCUACCCGUUACCCGCUAUCACUCUCUUGCUGGUACCCACCUCACCCUGCCAGACUGUCUAGAAGAGACCUCCUGGGCGCCUCUGGGCCCAGAUGGUGAGCAGACCGUCAUCAUGGGCGUCAGACACAAAGAACAUCUGGUAGAAGGCGUCCAGUUCCAUCCAGAAAGCAUCCUAACGGCUCAGGGCAGAGUGAUGCUGACCAACUUCCUCCAUUUGCGCGGCGGAACUUGGGCCGAGAACGAGCGCCUUCAAAAGGAAGCUAAGGUUACGGCGAACGGCACACAAGCCAAUGGAACCACGAGCAACGGUGGCAAGAAGGAGUCAAUCCUGGAGCGCAUCUACCAACACCGGAAAGUUGCGGUAGCAGCCCAGAAGCAAAUUCCCUCGCAGCGUCCAGAAGACCUCCAAGCGGCAUACGCCAUGGAUCUUUCGCCACCGCUGAUCGAUUUUGUGCAACGGCUGCGUCAAUCUCCAUUCAAGCUCUCCCUCCUGGCAGAGAUCAAGCGAGCCUCUCCCAGCAAAGGCAUCAUCUCGCUUUCUGCCUGCGCACCUGCUCAGGCCCGCACUUAUGCUCUUGCUGGUGCUUCUGCCAUUUCCGUUCUGACGGAACCGGAGUGGUUCAAAGGGAGCAUCGACGAUCUGCGAAGUGUGCGGCAAGCAUUGGCGGGCAUGGCGAACAGACCGGCCGUGCUGCGGAAGGAAUUCGUGUUCGAUGAGUAUCAGAUCCUCGAAGCGCGCCUGGCUGGCGCAGAUACGGUAUUACUCAUCGUCAAGAUGCUGUCCGAGGAAGAACUAAAACGCUUGUACGACUAUUCAGUUUCUCUGGGCAUGGAGCCGCUGGUUGAAGUCAACACAAUCGAAGAGAUGGAAGUGGCGGUCAAACUUGGUGCCAAGGUUAUUGGCGUGAACAACCGCAACCUCACCAGCUUUGAAGUCGACAUGGAAACGACUACCCGUUUGCUGAACAUGGUGUCAAAAGACACUAUCCUCUGUGCGCUGAGCGGGAUUACCGGUCCGCAAGAUGUCAAGCCAUAUCAAGAAGCUGGCGUUGGGGCGGUGCUGGUAGGUGAGGCUUUGAUGAGAGCGAAAGACACCUCGAAGUUUAUCGCAGAGUUGCUCGGUGGAGAUGCGGCGGACGUCAAGGAGACCGAAAAGCGCAAGCCGUUGGUGAAGAUUUGUGGCACAAGGAGUGCGGAAGCCGCCAAGGUCGCCGUUGAUGCCGGUGCGGACAUGGUCAGCAUGAUCUUGGUCAAAGGCCGUUCGAGAUGCGUCAGCACAGAGACGGCACUCGCCAUCUCGAAGGUGGUGCAUGAGACGCCGCGGCCAGCCUCCAGUAAUGUUUCGGAAGCACCGCAGAGCACCGAUUUGAAGGCUUCCGACUUCUUUCGCCACAGCGCCGCGCACGCACUGCAACGCUCAUCUCGGGCGCUUCUCGUCGGUGUCUUCCUCGACCAACCUCUCUCCUACGUUCUCGCACAACAAGAACUCCUCCAGCUCGACAUUGUCCAACUCCACGGCUCCGAACCGCUCGAGUGGUCGAGACUGAUUCCAUGCCCCGUGAUCUACAAAUUCACCCCCACGUCUCCUGGUCUCACCGCUCGUGGAUACCACACUAUCCCGCUUCUUGAUUCUGGCAUCGGCGGCACUGGAGAGAAGCUUGCCGUGGACAAAGUGAAGAGCCUCCUCGCCAAAGACGAUGGAUUGGGUAUCUUCCUGGCUGGCGGUCUGAAUCCGGAAAAUGUUGCGGAGAGUUUGAGCGCCUUGGGAGAACAGAAGGCGAAGGUUGUAGGGGUGGACGUCAGCAGUGGCGUUGAGACGGACGGAAAACAGGAUCUGAGCAAGAUUAAAGCUUUUGUCAGGGCGGCGAAGGGGGUGCAAUUAUAG